AUGGAUGAAAAAUGUGUACAAACCGAUUUGGCGGAACCUUCAUCAAUCGAAACAAGUCAAAUUAAACCAAUGACAUUGGAUAAGUUUACUCAUGGUGUUUUAGAAAUUGCCUUCCAACUGCAUGAAAAGUUAUCUGAAUGUCAUGGUCGUCGUCGAUUAGAAAUUAUACAUCAUGAAAAACAUACCAGUGAAUUAAGUAGAACUCAUCUGGAAGCGCUGAAGCGAGUACAAGAAAAGCAACAGAAGAAUUUAACUGAAUUUAAAUACCGUAUUCAAAAAGCUACACAACAAGAGUUAGGCGUGCUAAGAGAGGAAAGAGAAAAGCUUCUGAGUCAGUAG